AUGCCACCAACAGAAACCAACGAACAAACUGCAAUCAAAGGCGAAGAUAUUUCUCCUGCCAAAGAUGGAGGUGUCAUUAAAGAAAUAAUCAAAGAAGGGCAUGGUGAUGAACGACCAUUAACAAAUGAUAAAGUAUAUGUACACUAUGUCGGUACAUUACUCGAUGGCACUAAAUUUGAUAGUAGUCGAGAUCGUAAUCAACAAUUUGAUUUUGAACUUGGUAAAGGUUCAGUUAUUAAAGCAUGGGAUAUUGGUGUUGCAACAAUGAAAAGAGGAGAAGUAUGUCGUUUAACAUGUAAACCUGAAUAUGCCUAUGGUGAAAAUGGUUCAGGUGAAAAAAUUCCACCCAAUACAACGUUGGUUUUUGAAAUUGAACUCUUCGAUUUUGUUGGUGAAGAUUUGAGUGAAGCAAAAGAUCACAGUAUUGUUCGACGAACAUUAACUAAAGGGGAAGGAUGGGCUAAACCCAAUGAUGGUGCCACUGUUGAAGUUACACUUAAAGGUACUUAUCAAAAUCAAGUAUUCGAUGAACGAACACUGUCAUUCACAAUCGGUGAAGGUUUCUUACAAAAUAUUCCUGAAGGUGUCGAACAUGCCCUGACAAAAAUGACCAAAAAUGAACAUGCACAACUCAAAUUAAAGUCAAAAGCAACAGCCGGUGUCGAAAAAUUUAAUAUUCCAGCUAAUACACCUGUUCAAUAUGAUGUGACAUUAAUAAAUUUUGAAAAAGCUAAGGAGACAUGGUCAAUGAAUGAUGCAGAGAAACUUGAACAAGCUGAAGUAUUAAAAAAACGCGCUGGAGAAUUAUUUACAGGUGGACACUAUCAAGCUGCUAUUAAAAAAUAUAAUAAAAUAGGUGAUUAUCUUCAAACUGCAAAUCAUGAAAGUGAAGAGGAUAAAAAAAAAGCUGAAGAAUUAAAAUUAAGUGCCCUAUCCAAUGCUGCCUUAUGUUAUCUUAAAUUAAAUGAUUAUGUUGAAAGUAUUCGAUCCUGUGACAAAGCAUUAGAAUUAGAUCCAAAACAUGAAAAAUGUUUGUUUCGUCGUGGGCAAUGUCAUUUAGCGAUGUCAAAUUUUGAAGAAGCUUUGAAAGACUUCCACGAUGUUCAAAAGUUAAAUCCGGCAAAUAGUGCUGCAGCACAAUCGAUUCAAAAAUGCCGCGAGCAAAUAAAAGUUUAUCAACAAAAAGAAAAACAAUUGUAUGCUAAUAUAUUUGAUAAAAUGGCUAAACAGAAUGAAAAAAUGGAGAUGGCAGCCCAAACUGCACCUGUUGAAGUUAAAACGAAUGAAGAUCAAACAACGACAACAAAUUAA